UUUCCAUUUUUGCAAAAACGUAAGUUCGCAAGAUAAACCAACGCAGUUUGUUCAGUGAACAUCAAAACAUGUCCUUCGACCAACGGAAAGCAGCCACGCUAGCAUCACUCAACUCCUCCGUCACUGAUAAAUCACCGAAAGGAACGUUAGACACCCCCAUCAUCCCCCUCAUCAACGCCCUCAACUCCCAUCCCAAUUACUUCACCACCAGCUCCUGCUCCGGCCGCAUCUCGCUCUUCUCCCACCCCAAGAACCGCCCCAAGGGUGGCGCCUGGCUCUACAUCACCCACGACCCAGCCGACGCUGAGUCCGUCGUCUCCCUCCUCUUCCCCACCGAGCCAACUCACCCCGCUGAGUCUUGUCCAACGCCGAACGAUCUGGUGUUCCGGUUCGAACCGUUGAUAGUGGCUGUUGAGUGCAGGGACGUCGAGUCAGCUCAGUCCUUGGUAUCGAUUGCGGUGUCUUGCGGGCUCAGAGAGUCCGGGGUAGCGAGUGUGAGUAAGCGAGUGAUCGUCGGGAUACGGUGCUCGAUAAGGCUGGAGGUGCCAUUUGGAGAGAAUGGUGCCAUUUUGGUGUCAAGAGAGUACGUGAGGUUUCUCGUGGGUGUGGCUAAUGAGAAAAUGGAGGCUAAUAGGAGGAGGACUGAAGGGUUUUUACAAGCUUUGAUGGGUUGUAAUGGGUUGGGGCUCUCGGUUUCCACGAACGAUGAGAAUGGGAAUCAUGUGGAUGAGGAGAAAGUAAAGGCUGAUGAUUCCCAGUUUGGUAAUUACGUUUGUAAUGUGGGCAUUACUUGGCCAGCGGGAGAUUCUAGUUGCAGUCUGUCUGCUACUCAGAUAAUGAUUUCUGGUGACCCUAUAGAGAAGUCAUACCUUUGGGGUCAUUCAGCUUGCACAUUGGGAACCACCAAUUGCGAUUACAAGAUUCUUGUAUUUGGUGGUUUUGGGGGUAUGGGAAGACAUGGACGCAGAAAUGAUACUUUACUGCUAGAUCCAUUACAAGGAACAUUAAAAGUAAUUCAUGCUGAGAGCUUUCCAUCUCCACGCUUGGGUCACACUUCUUCUUUGGUUGGAGAUCGCAUGUUUGUUAUUGGAGGCCGGGAUCAUCCCUUGAACAUCCUGAGUGAUGUAUGGGUUUUCAAUAUAAACAAUAAUGCAUGGACAUUGGUAGAAUGUGCUGGUUGUGUUUUUCCUCCUAGGCAUCGGCAUGCUGCAGCAGUUGUAGGCUCAAAGAUAUAUGUGUUCGGUGGUCUUAACAAUGGUACAAUCUUUUCAUCUUUGCAUGUGCUCGACUCAGAUAAUCUCCAAUGGGAAGAAUUAUUGGUCAGUGGGGAAUUGCCCUGUGCCCGACAUUCUCAUGCAAUGGUGGCAUAUGGAUCUAAGUUAUACAUGUUUGGAGGGUUCAAUGGAGAGAAACCGCUUGGAGAUUUUUACAGUUUUGAUGUCCAUACAUGUUUAUGGAAGAGGGAAGAGGUAGCAGGAAGAACUCCAAAUGCUAGGUUCUCCCACUCAAUGUUUCUCUACAAAAAUUAUCUUGGAGUGAUUGGGGGUUGUCCAGUCGGACAACAUUACCAAGAUUUGGCAUUACUUGAUCUGCAGCUCCAAAUGUGGAAACAUGUGAAACUCGAUUCCAUGAGUAAAGAGUUGUUUGUCCGGUCUACUGCCAAUGUGGUUGGUGAUGAUCUUAUAAUGAUCGGUGGUGGUGCCGCUUGCUAUGCUUUUGGAUCAAAGUUUAGUGAGCCAAUUAAAAUCAACUUGCUCCCAGCCCCCAUAGUGUCCUUUGAUGAUUAUCACACACCUGCAGAGAUUGGAGAAAAGCUUGUAAUUCACCAGUGUGAAGGGGUAACAGAAGAAAAGAACAUUGAUGUUCAAGGUACAAAAACUGGGGAUUUACAGAUUUCAACUCCAAAUUCUGACUUAAAUUCUGAGGCCGAAUCACAUUCUGUGAACAGUGGACAUCAGAUGGUUGCUUCACACUGGGUUAUGCAACUUGAUAGAAAAUAUGCCAAGUUAGGGAAAGACAUAUUGAAAAAGUUUGGAUGGUUAGACCUUGUAAGGAAGGCUUAUCCACGGGAAGAUGGAAUACAUAUAUGUUUCCCCGUGACACAAAAAUUCUGCUCUAUGUUCCAUGAAAAGCAGCAUUUUUUUGGAGCUGAAUCUGAAGGUUUGAUUAAUCUUCAGUUAUCUAAACCAUUUACAGGCGAAGGUGUUCUGCUAAAUGAAAUCUCCUGUUCAACAGCAUUGCAUCUUCUUGAGGAAUGUGGGUCCACUAAGCAGGCAGAUGAAGUUGUUGAAGUCAGAAGAACUUCCAAAUCUCCCUUAACAACAAUGACUGAAGCAGUUGCUUCUUUGAUUCAGUGUAAAGGCCUGUCACCUUCACUCUUAGAGCAGCUACCCUCUAGAUGGGAACGGCUUGGGGAUAUUGUUGUGCUUCCAGUGACAUCCUUCAAGGACCCAGUAUGGGACUCCAUUGGUGAAAAGCUUUGGCCUACCAUUGCCAAGUCACUUAAGGCUUCUCGUCUUGCUCGUCAAGGUCGAGUUGCAUCAACUGGUACAAGGGAUAGUACUUUGGAGAUGCUUGUAGGAGAUAAUGGCUGGGUCAACCAUUGUGAGAAUGGGAUUCUCUACUCCUUUGAUGCUACCAAGUGCAUGUUCUCCUGGGGCAAUCUCUCUGAAAAGCUUCGAAUGGGUUGUCUAGACUGUAGAGAUGAGGUUAUUGUGGAUCUGUUUGCUGGAAUUGGAUAUUUUGUAUUGCCAUUUCUUGUCAGGGCCAAAGCAAAGCUGGUUUAUGCUUGUGAAUGGAAUCCCCAUGCCGUUGAGGCUCUUCAACAUAAUCUCAAAUCCAACGCUGUCUCUGAUCGUUGUAUUGUACUUGAAGGGGAUAAUCGGAUUACAGCACCUAAAGGAGUUGCUGAUCGCGUCUGUCUUGGUCUCAUUCCAACAAGUGAAAAUAGCUGGGUUGCUGCUGUAAGGGCAUUAAGGACUGAGGGUGGAACGUUACAUGUGCAUGGCAAUGUGAAGGACUCAGAGGAGAGUUCAUGGAGUGAACAUGUUUCAAAAUCAAUAUACGAAAUAGCUGCAUCUGAAGGUCAUAGUUGGGAAGUUACAGUUGAACACGUGGAGAGAGUUAAAUGGUAUGCACCCCACAUUCGUCAUCUCGUUGCAGAUGUGAGAUGCAGAAAGAUGCAAAGAUAACAUUCAAAUGUCUUCUUGGGGUCGGUGACAAUGAAAGCCAUCAAUUCUUCACAUGUAGUAGGCCAUGGUAAGUUGGCCUUUCCCUUUAACUUAUAAGAGAAGAUAUAUGUUAUUCUGAAUGAAAAUUUUGUAACAGUUUAAAAGAAAUGACCUAAAUUAUGAUAUCAAUUCACCAGGGACAGACAAAAAAUGAUGUCAACUUAUUGAACUUUGUUGUUGCUUCAGCACUAGCUUCCAUUAGUAAAGCACAUGUAAUGCUUGCUUGUU